AUGAUUGUCCGGUCUCCUAUAUUUACCGGCGCACUACGACAAAAUGCAUUGGGAAAUGUAUGCCUAUCAUGUUCCCUGCGAACGGAAUUGAGGGGAAUUCGAAGAGCGGGGAGGAAUUUCUCGAAAACAAAUGGAAGGAAAGCAACCGCAGUCCAGAGGCUUGGGACAGGAUAUUUCUUUGCAAAUAGAGAUAUUUUCGGGAAUGCGGGAAAGGGUGGUAUGAGUACCAUCGCUGAUGGAGCCAGCGUGAAAGAUGUGAACGGGGCGAAGAAAAUGGUUGGAAAGGAAUCUGCGACACCGACCACUACACAAUUAGAAGAUUUACCACCUCAUCGACGAAGGCGGCAUAAACAAUCUCUUGAACAAGAAAGCGACAAAGAAUUUCUCCCCGAGAAUUCCUCCACGAUCCAUGCUGAUCGCGCAAGUGCACUCCCACGAUCCUCCAUAAAACGACUAUUAUCAAUCCUCUUAUCACUCACAAAACCCCGCCUCUCGAUGCUCGUCGUCCUCACUGCAUGCUCAGCCUAUACUCUGUAUCCCGUUCCAUCACUUCUCUCUUCUACACUCCUAGAAACACCAAGUCUGAGUCCACUUACCCUCCUCUUCCUCACCACAGGUACUGCCUUAUGCGCCGCUUCCGCAAAUACCCUCAAUAUGCUUUAUGAGCCGAAGUUCGAUGCCCAAAUGUCACGAACACGAAACAGACCGCUCGUACGGAAGCUUAUAUCGCCAGGAGGUGCUCUACUUUUCGCAAUUGCGAGUGGAGUUAUUGGAGUGGGAGGUUUGUAUUAUGGGGUUAAUCCCACUACUGCAUUUUUAGGCGCUCUCAAUAUUGGGCUAUAUGCUGGUGUUUAUACGCCAUUUAAGAGAAUCACAGUGUUUAAUACCUGGAUUGGUGCAGUAGUUGGAGGUAUUCCACCCCUUAUGGGAUGGACCGCUGCGGCUGGGCAAACUUCUUCGCAUCUUUCUUCUUCAUCAACACCUGAAUGGCAGGAUUUACUUCUUGGACCAGAUAAUGCUGGAGGUUGGUUACUUGCAGGAUUGUUGUUCUCAUGGCAACUCGCACAUUUCAUGUCUCUAUCCUGGUCUAUUCGUCACGAAUACAAAGAGGCCGGAUAUAGAAUGUUAUGCUGGGUAAAUCCAGCCAUGAAUGGCCGUGUAGCUCUUAGAUAUAGCAUCCUUUGUAUACCCCUAUGCAUUGGACUCUGUUACGCAAAUGUAACUGAAUGGACCUUUGCAGCAGCUAGUAUGCCAGUAAAUAUAUGGCUAGUGCGAGAAGCCUAUAGAUUCUGGAAAUAUGAAGGUCAAAAAGGAAGUGCGAAGAAGCUUUUCUGGGCCAGUGUUUGGCAUUUACCAGUUGUACUUGUUCUAGCAAUGGUGGAAAAGAAAGGAUUGUGGAGUAGAAUUUUAUCGGUGAUUUUUGGACAAAGGACGGAGGAUGAUGAGGAGUGGGAAUAUGUGGAUGAAGAUGAACAAGAGGAAUUACCUGGGCAGAAAGCACCUGUUCCGGUAGUUGUCGCAGCGAGUGCGAAUAAAUAA